AAGAAAAACAAAAUCAAAGCCACGGUCGAGAGCGAAUUUCCCCGCUUUCUUUUAUAGUUAGCAAAUCCUCUCUUCUUCACUUUUCUUCUCCACACCUUUUUCCUUAUUCUUCUUCCCCCCUCUCCUUUUCUCUGUAUUUUUUUAUCCGUUCUUGUACGCUUCCUCUCUCUCUGUCUCAUCUUCCAGUAAAACACAAGUCUCAGGUAAUGUGGAAAAUAAAAAUUCAUCUCCGAUUGCUUGCGUUCCUCCUUCAUUUGGAUUCAGUUUCAGGGUUGUGUUCUUUUGUCAGAAAUCUGAAGGUUCGUCGGAUGGAUGAUGCCCCAAAUUGGGUAGUUUCAUUUCCAUUGGCGAAUUGAAUCGUUAUUUUUGUUGUUUUGUACUUAGUGUGGCAUUUAUGGUGGGAAUGGGUCUCUAGCGAUGCUCUGCUCUGCUCUUUGGAGCCAUUUCAAGGAUAAAUUAGUUUCCGUGUUCGUUUUGCAUUCGAUUUUUAUGACUUCUGCUGUGGUUGAUGUCGUCUGCCAGUUAUUGUUGGGUGUAAUUUGAUUUUGUCGCAUCUGCCUUGAUAGAUUGGUAGGCUGGAUCUCUGCAAUAUUGGGCGUUUUUGGUGUUAAGGGUCUGUUCAAGAUCGAGUCUUUUCAUUUUGGUUCUCUGUGAUUUCCACGAUCAGUUGUCUGUGAUCUAUGGAGCUAGCUUUGUGAAGCUUUACGUGGGUGAUUUCUGACUGUUUGAUUCCAUCCCCAUUUCGGUAUGGGGUUACCAUGUUAAGGUUCUUUGUUCUAUUGUUGAGCUUUGUGUCUUGCAAUUUUAAUGGGGAAUGUGUUUUUCAGAUUUUCUGUUUCCUUGUAAGAAGCUGAUUGAAUGUUUAUGAGAGCAGCAAUGUCUAGAUCUUGUUGUCCUAGUUACUUCUUUUUUCCCUGUUGCUAAAUUUGUUACAAUUCCACUGUGCUCGUAUCUUUGCUUGCCAAGAGAGGGAAUGAAAUGGUAGUAACUUCAAUUGUAGGGAACAAGGAUAUUUGCAUUGGAAGAUAAAAGAACAAUUUACCCUCUUUUUCUCCCCUUUUAUUUUAUCCAAAUGUACGUCUAGCUCUUGUUGUUCUAGUUACUUCCUAUUUCCCUGUUGUUAUGAUUCCACUGUGCUCAUAUCUUUGCUUGCCAAAUGAAAUGGUAGUAACUUCAAUUGUAGGGAACAAGGAUAUAUGCUUUGGAAGAUAAAAGAACAAUUUACCCUCUUUUUGUCCCCUUUUAUUUUAUCCAAUUGUACGUGUAGAGAAUUGAGGCUGAAUGCUUUUAAGACUUAAAUCCAUCCUAUUUCCUUUCAUGUUGUCAUUCCGGUGUGUUAACUUGUUCAUUUCCAUCUCCUUUUGCAUAUACCUAUCAUACUGACAUGGGAAUUGUUCGUGUAGUAUCUGGAGGAUGUGGCGAGGAUGUUUCCAUUAUCAAUGAACUUUCAUGGGAGCUUGUCAAUGGUUGCUGGAAUUACUGUGUAUUGAUGACAGUGAUCUUGACGAGAAUGAUAGUUUAAAGAUUUUUUUGAAUCCUUAUGUUUUAGAAUGGAACUCUUCAUCCUUUUACUGGAAGAUUCGUGACAGCGAGGAGAAAUAAUCAGUCAUAUUGGUUUAUUGUUUAGGUGAUUCAUGUUAUGCAGCCUCUGCUUUGCCCUGUAAAUUAUUCGCGGAAGGGUGUGUGAUAGUUAUAAUUGCACUGUAGAUUAGGUGUAAAUAUACGAUUGUGAAGUGUUAGGGAUAGGACUCUUAGAUAAGUUCAUAAUAGGUAGAUAAAAUUGAGAAACUAGUUAUGUCUCAAGGACAAAAACAACCUGUACAAGGUUCUGCUCGGAAACUUUCACCUUCGACUUCUCAGAAAGAUCUGUGGUUUAUUGUACGAGAAGGGUCCUUGGCUGAUGUAGAUUCUGCUUUGGCAUUGCUAAAGAAAAAUGGGGGCAAUAUUAAUUUACGAAAUGCAAUGGGCCUAACACCCCUUCAUAUUGCAACUUGGAGAAAUCACAUUCCCAUUGUCAGGAGGCUGCUUGCUGCUGGUGCUGAUCCUGAUGCUAGGGAUGGAGAAUCAGGAUGGAGUAGUCUUCACAGGGCUCUGCAUUUUGGUCAUCUUGCAGUUGCAAAUGUGCUCCUUCAGUCUGGAGCUUGUAUUACUUUAGAAGACUCUAAAUUCCGUACACCGGUUGAUCUCUUGUCUGGACCUGUUGCUCAGGUUCUUGGAGAUGAAUGUAACUCGGCCACUGAGGUGUAUAGUUGGGGAAGUGGUGCCAAUUAUCAACUAGGAACCGGAAAUUCGGACAUACAAAAGCUGCCCUGCAAGGUUGAUGCACUUCACGGGUCUGUAAUUAGGCUGUUGUCUGCAGCAAAGUUUCAUAGUAUAGCCGUUAGUGACCGUGGAGAAGUCUAUACAUGGGGAUUUGGAAGAGGGGGCAGACUUGGACAUCCGGACUUUGAUAUCCAUAGUGGCCAAGCAGCUGUUAUCACACCUCGUCAGGUGCUUUCUGGAAUAGGCUGUCGCCGUGUAAGAGCAAUUGCUGCAGCUAAACAUCACACAGUUCUUGCAACAGAGGGUGGGGAAGUCUUCACCUGGGGAUCUAACAGAGAAGGUCAGCUGGGUUACACUGUGGAUACUCAACCGACACCUCGCAGAGUGAGUUCCAUUAAGUCAAAGAUCGUUGCUGUUGCGGCAGCAAACAAACACAGUGCUGUGGUUUCUGACUCUGGUGAAGUUUACACAUGGGGUUGCAAUAGGGAUGGUCAGCUUGGUUAUGGUACAUCUAACUCGGCAUCUAAUUACACUCCAAGGAUAGUUGAGUAUCUGAAAGGGAAAGUUUUUACUGGAGUUACAGCAGCAAAAUCUCAUACCAUUGUCUUACGGAAUGAUGGUGAGGUUUACACCUGGGGGCAUCGAUUUGUUACUCCAAGACGUGUUAUUGUUUCACGAAAUCUGAAGAAAAGUGGGGCUGCCCCUUUGAAGUUCCAUCGCAUGGAGCGGCUUCAUGCAGUAGCAAUUGCUGCUGGGGUGGUGCAUAGUUUGGCCCUUAUGGAUGAUGGUGCCCUGUUUUAUUGGGUCUCUGCAGAUCCUGAUCUUAUAUGCCAGCAGCUGCAUUCACUCACUGGGAAAAGUAUUGUUAGUGUAUCUGCUGGUAAGUACUGGGGUGCAGCAGUUACAGAUACAGGUGAUAUCUACACAUGGGACAGUAAGCAUGUCAAGGAUAAAUCACCAGUUCCCACUCGAUUGCAUGGUGUCAAAAGGGCCACUUCGGUUGUAGUUGGAGAAACUCAUCUAUUAGCUGUUAGCUCUCUCUAUCAUCCUACCUAUCCCCCUAAUGCUGACAAGAUUCCUCAGAGACAGAAGUCGGAGAAUGAGGAUGAACUGGAAGAGCUCGAAGACUUCCUUUUUGACAAUACUGAGCUGCAUCAUAAGCUAUGUGUUGAUGAAAAUAAUAAGAGUGCUUCAGAAAGGCCCGUGCCAAGUUUGAAAUCUCUCUGUGAAAAGUCGGCAGCAGAUAAUUUAGUUGAGCCAAGAAAUGCGAUACAGAUGCUUGAAAUUGCCGACACUCUUGAGGCCGAUGAUCUGAAGAAGCACUGUGAGGACAUUGCAAUUCACAACCUGGACUAUCUUCUGACCUUCUCAUCACGUGCUUUUACUGCCACAACAUUGGAAAUCCUGGCUGGCCUGGAAACUCUCUUGGAUCAAAGGUCAUCCGAGCCAUGGAGCUACCGGAGGCUUCCAACUCCAACAGCCUCGUUUUCAGUUGUUGUGAACAGUGAAGAGGAUGAUAGUGAGAGUGAGGCUAUGAGAACCCGGGAAAAGUACGCUAACAAACCUGUUCUUUUGGGACCUGAAGUGGAGUCUAGGCAAGACUCCUCCUUUCUCCAUCCUAUGCCCAAGGAUGAUCAGGAACACCUGAAACAAGUUCGUGCUCUGCGUAAGAAGUUGCAGCAGAUUGAGAUGCUGGAGGAAAAGCAACUUAAGGGCUAUCAACUUGAUAACCAGCAAAUUGCAAAGCUCCAAACACGGUCUGUCAUUGAGAGUUCGCUUGCUGAGCUUGGGGUUCCAGUGGAGAUGGUAGAUGCCAAGGCAUCGGCUUCUGCUGCUUCAUCUGAUGUGAUGAAGGGCAGUAACAAAAAGUUGAAGGCAUCAAGAAAGCAAAAUAGGAAAAGCAAGAACAAGGGUGAGGAAGAUGAGAUGAGAUCAGGUCUUAAUGGAAAUAAGGUAGAGGUGGGGCCCAUAAUACCUCUUUUGGAGGCUGAGAUGUCUCCAGGCUCCACAAAUAAGGAUGAAGAAGCAGUACGAGCGAAGGGUGUUGCUGAAAUCCGUGUGCCUGAUGCUAUACUUGUUAAGACGGAUAUUGCAGAUUUAGUAGGGAAGAGUAAGAGCACUUCUACCCUGGGAUCCAAGAAGAAGAAUCGGAGAGGUGGUCUUUCCUUGUUUCUGAGUGGUGCCCUUGAUGAGGCUGCGGAAGAGGCUGCCCCUCCUCCACCACCUACCCCUAAAAAUGAGGGGCCUGCGUGGGGUGGUGCUAAAAUAUCAAAAGGUCGUUCCUCACUUCGUGCAAUUCAGGACGAGCAAAGUAAGACUCUGGGCAGCAAUCCAAAGAACAAUACUCUGGUUGAGGAGAGUAAGGGUGAUGGAAAGGUAUCCCUGAGCGCAUUCAUUUCUUCCAAACCUAUACCUAUGGCUCCACCCUCCACAUCCCUUACUUCUGAUGUCGACAAGGGCACCCCUCCCUGGGUUUCUGGGACUUCUCCUCUCAUGUCUCGUCCAUCUCUACGAGACAUCCAGAUGCAGCAGAAGGGUAAACAGCAUCAAAACAUUUGCCAUAGUCCCAAGACCAGCACAACUGGGUUUGCAAUCACCACGGGUCAGGGUUCCCCAUUGGAUUCUCCUGGGAUGAACAAGUGGUUUAAGCCAGAGGUUGAUGCACCGUCGUCUCUCAGGUCGAUUCAGAUCGAGGAGAAGGCAAUGAAGGAGCUGAAGCGACUCUACAGCAAUGUGAGGAUAGUGAGGAAUGCUGCAUGAUAUAUGCUCCAUCUUCCCUGCAUGAGUUAACUUUUCCUUUAUCCUUUUAGUUUAUUUUACCCAUUUCAUUCUCUUAAGAUCAUCUCAUAGUUUGAAAAGGACGGAUUUGACUGUACAGAGGAUCAGAAUUUGCAGAUUUAGUCCUUAUAAUUUUCAAGGGUACUCGGUCAAUCCCUCUAUUUUUUUUUUGUUCUUCCCUCUUGUCUUCCCCGAGUGUAUUCAAUAUUCAUAGCUCAGACUCACAGAAAUGGGGUAUCAAUUGUGAAUUUGUGAUCCCCACUUAUUAUUUUUUAUUUCCUUCUUAAAUAAGGAUUUGAAGCUUUUGUACAUUCAAAUUUCAAUGGUUCUGUAAGCAACAACUAGUGAAUCGUUAAAUGAAAAAUAAUAAAGCUUAGUCUAUGAAAGCUUCAGUUACAGGUUACCGUUGAUUGGUUGGUACUCAUUUUGACAAAAUUCCUGGGUGUCUAAGCUCUCUGGGAUUCACUGAUUCCGUUGGUCACUGUUAGGGUUGUCAGUUGGUCUGUUUUGGGUUAACCGAAAAUUGAAUUCUCGGUUAUUGGUUAAACCGAGCCACUUUCAAUAGCUGCCGACCACCUACAAAUAUAAUGGCUCUCGACCACCGACCAUGAGAGAAGAGCCGAAGAAGUGAUUAGCCGACCAAUUGAUAGGUCGGUUUCGGUUUAGACUCGAUUAGCCGAGCAAGGAUGGAAUGGGCUUCGUUCUGAAUUUUUUUUUAUAAAUAAAGCGAAGGAAAGGAAACCCUUCCGUCUCUUUCCCUUAACUGUCUCUUUCUCUUCCUUUCCUUUCUGUCUCUUUCUUUCUUUUCAUCUCCACCUUCUUUACUUUUCCAUCUCUUUUUUUCUUCUUUCCUUUUACUAGAUCCAGAUGCGAAGGCGGAGCUCGGGGAAGCGGCGAGCGGAGGUGGAGAUUGGGGGAGAUGGCGAGCGGAGGCGAAGGCGGAGGUCGACAGGGUCUGGGGAAGGUUUCUAGUAGCGGUGGUCUCUGAUUUGGUGGAUGAGGCGGCGAAAAGGGAGAUCGUUGAUGAGGGAGAUGGGGGCAGAAGGGGCUAGUUUCAGGUUUGGGCUUGCACAUAGGGGGAGGGGGGGGGGGGGGGGUUGGAGUGUUGGUGAGAGGGUUCGGUUACUCGGCUAACUGACGGUUUUUGCCGUUGGUUACUCGGCUAACUGACGGUUUUUGCGGUCGGUUACUCGGCUAUCCUACCCCUCUCGACGAGCCUCCGAACACCGACCGCCUUCGGUUAUCCCGAUUUUCGGUUACAAAAUAAUCGACCGGUUUCAGUUGUAACCGACCGAUUAUCCGACAACCGACAACCGAUUUGCCAGCUAGUCACUGCCUCAUACUCGGCCAGGUUUGUUAGUUAAAGUUUUUUCUUAUUGGUGGUUGUCUCGGCUGUGCUACCAGGGGCUCUGGGGAAGUCGAAAUAGGAGAGCACUAAUCUUGGGGUGGGCUUAUUACUUAGAUGCUUUCAGUAGCUAUCCGCUCCGCAUUUGGCUACCCAGCGUUUACCAUGGGCACGAUAACUGGUACACCAGAGGUGCGUCUUUCUCGGUCCUCUCGUACUAGGGAAAGGUCCUUGAGGGAUAAUCCAGUAGCUCUUUCAAUUGUGCAAGCAAGAUUGGUUGGAUUAACCCACUUUUCCGUAGGAUAUAUCUUUACUUAGGCGGCCUUCUUGAUUGCCUCGACAUUGGGCAAAUUUGGAUAAUUCUGUAUCCAUGGUAAUAUCGUUCUUGCAAAUUUUUUUCUAUUUCUACAUCUAGGAUGCAACUUGUAUUAGCGAUACUAAUAGGAGUUAAAGAUUAUGGCAACAGAAAGUUUGAUUCAGCGUGAAAAGAAAAGGAAAAAAUUGGA